AUGCAUUUCACGAGGGCCCUGUCUGUGCUGCCCCUGGCGGCGCUGGCUACUUCGGCCGCCAUCUGCAAGCGCGCCAUCGACCCUUCGUCGUUCAAGAGCGAAGGCCUGGUCGCCAUCGGACGCUUCCCCGCCGACCUGCGCGACAGCAACGGCGAGACGCUCGGCGGUCUGGGAUCGGCAGCCGGUCUGGUGCCUGGCAAGUUCCAGCGCAGGGGCAGCCGCUACUCGGGCUCCUUCUACCUCCAGCCGGACCGUGGGUACAAUGUCGAUGCCACCAUCGACUACGCCGCUCGCCACCACCGCUUCGACUUUGAGUUCGAGGAGUACACUGGCAGCGACGACCUCGCCUUCUCGGAUGCCAUCAAACGCUUCGACCUCGAGUACAAGGAGACGCUCAUCUACCACGAGUUAACCCAGGGACAGAGGCAGACGACCGGCCUCAACCCCGCCAUCGUCAGGCAAGGCGGUCUGACGGGCACCGAGGCCAAUGCCGCCCCGCUCGGCGCCGCCAACGGCCAGAUCGACGCAAGCAAGCAGAAGAUCUCGGUCGACGCCGAGGGCUUCGUCGCCAACCCGGACGGCACCUUCUGGGUGUCGGACGAGUACGGGCCGUACAUCUACAAGCUCGCCGCCGACGGCACCCUGCUCGCCUACAUCCCCCCUCCUGCCGCUGCGGUGCCGCGCAUCGGCGGACAGGUCAACUUCACCGCCGAGACCGACCCUGAUACGGGACGCGCCGCCAACCAGGGCCUUGAGGGCCUGUCGAUCUCGUUUGACGGCAACACGCUCUACUCGAUCCUGCAGGGCGGUACGAUCCAGGAUGGCGGCAAGGGGGCAAAGUACCUGCGCCUGUUCGAGUACGACGUCUCGGCGCUGUCGAGCGUCACGGCCUUUUCGGCCUCGGCGGCCAACCCGGGCGAGCGCGCCAAGCUGGUGGGCGAGUACGUGGUCGAGGUGCCCACGUCCAAGAAGGGCAAGGCCCGCGGCGUGUCGGAGCUCAUCUACUUUGGACCCAAGACGCUCGGCCUGCUGGUGCGCGACGGCAACGGCUUCGGCGACAGCGAGACGGACGCGAGCUACAAGCACGUCGACGUGAUUGACCUUUCGUCGGCCACCAACCUCGCCAACAACGCCAAGUACGACUCGGCCACGGGUGCCGUUGCGCCCGGCGGCAAGCUGGCCGCGGGCAUCCAGACGGCCGGCUACUAUCCGCUCAUCGACUUCCUCGCCGACCUGCCCCGCUUCGGCAUGCACGCCCAGGCCGAGCCGGUGGACGACACCCUGGUCGCCGCCAAGCUCGAGUCGCUCAUCCUCCUCCCCACGCUCCCGCCCGCACCCACCGCAAACGCGCGCAGCUUCGAUGCCGACGAGUACUUUAUCGUCUCGUUCAGCGACAACGACUUCCAGACCAAGAACGGAUUCAUGCGCGCCCUCGGAGCCUACUCGGCCGCCUACCCUGUCGACGUCCAGACUCAGGCCUUUGUUUUCAAGGUCAAGCUGCCCGGCGUGGACAGGAAGGCGCUCCUGGCCCACCUCGGGCUGCAGUAA